CCAGGAGAGGACAGAACGCUGGAGCACCAGCAGUCACAAGAGAGCCAGUGUGAGCAGCAGGCAGGGGGAUUAUUAGGAAACAAAAGAGAGAAGAGGGGGAGGAGAAAAGCAAGGAACCAAGUCAGAGCCUGCAAACCGCACUGCUCCUCUCGCACACACAUACACAUCUCUCUCUCACUCUUUUCUCUUCCUCCUCUGCCCUUCUUCAUCCUCCCUUCCUCCCCAUCACUGCACCCUCCCCUCUUCGCUGUGUCUUCCCAUCCAGCCUCCUGCUUUAUUUUCCGCCUGCCAUUUCUGCACUCCUCCCCCUCUCCUCUCUCCCUCUCUCUGUCUCCCUCUCUCUCUCUCCAUCCCUUCCUCCCCCUCCUGGCUUGUCUUUUAUUUAUUUAUUUUGGGCUGCUCUCCUGUCUCUCUCUCCCUCUUUCUCUGUUUUCCCCUUCUCCCUUGUAUUGCUGUGUCUGUAUUUUUUGAGGUGCAUCUGGGGGCUCCCUUUUGCAGUGCUUGCAGUGCAGGUAGUGGGGUCCCCCCCUCACUCUCCUCCUGCCUCAGCCUGUACCCCCUGCCCCACACUGUCCCCCUGUGCUCUCAGCCCCGCUGCAGCCUGCAAAGAUGAUGGCAGCAGUUCCCAUCCAGCAAAACGGGACCCACAGCGGUGUCCCCAUAGACCUUGAUCCCCCAGACUCCAGGAAGCGACCCCUGGAAGCACCCCCAGAGGCUGGAAGCACGAAGAGGACCAAUACUGGAGAAGACGGACAGUUUUUCCUGAAGGUCCUCAUUCCUAGCUACGCUGCUGGAUCUAUCAUAGGCAAGGGAGGGCAAACCAUCGUCCAGUUGCAGAAGGAGACUGGGGCUACCAUCAAGCUGUCCAAAUCCAAAGAUUUUUACCCAGGAACCACAGAGCGAGUCUGCCUGAUUCAAGGCACCGUCGAAGCCCUCAAUGCCGUCCAUGGAUUCAUCGCAGAGAAAAUACGAGAGAUGCCACAGAAUGUGGCCAAGACGGAGCCUGUCAGCAUCCUGCAGCCACAAACCACAGUCAAUCCUGACCGAAUCAAACAGACAUUGUCAUCAUUACCACCAGCCACCAAGUCCUCUCCAUCUGACCCCAUGACCAUCUCCAGAGCCAGCCAGGUGAAGAUCAUUGUUCCGAACAGCACAGCAGGUCUGAUUAUUGGAAAAGGCGGUGCCACUGUCAAGGCUGUAAUGGAGCAAUCAGGUGCCUGGGUGCAACUUUCCCAAAAGCCAGAUGGCAUCAACCUGCAGGAACGCGUAGUGACUGUGAGUGGGGAACCUGAGCAGAACCGCAAGGCAGUAGAGCUGAUUGUGCAGAAGAUUCAAGAAGACCCACAGAGUGGAAGCUGCCUGAACAUCAGUUAUGCCAAUGUCACAGGACCUGUAGCCAAUUCGAACCCAACAGGAUCUCCAUAUGCCAAUACAGCUGAGGUCCUCCCUACCGCUGCCGCAGCAGCAGGGCUUCUUGGGCAUGCCAACCUUGCUGGGGUGGCAGCAUUUCCAACCGUUCUCUCUGGUUUCACUGGCAAUGAUCUAGUCGCCAUCACAUCAGCCCUUAACACUUUGGCCAGUUAUGGCUACAACCUCAACACUCUGGGGUUAGGAUUGAGUCAAGCAGCGGCCACGGGUGCACUUGCAGCUGCUGCUGCCAGCGCUAAUCCAGCUGCAGCUGCAGCAGCAAAUCUGAUAGCUACAUAUGCAAGUGAAGCAACUGCAGGGGGUGGAACAGCAGCGGGAGCGGCGGGAACGUUUGCUCUGGGAAGCCUAGCUGCUGCCACUGCAGCUACCAAUGGAUAUUUUGGGGCUGCGUCCCCUCUAGCUGCUAGUGCCAUCCUGGGGACCGAGAAAUCAACGGACGGCUCAAAGGACGUAGUAGAAAUUGCAGUCCCAGAAAACCUGGUAGGUGCCAUUCUUGGAAAAGGAGGAAAGACAUUGGUGGAGUACCAAGAGUUGACUGGCGCUAGGAUACAGAUUUCCAAAAAGGGGGAAUUUGUCCCCGGCACCAGAAACCGAAAGGUAACCAUUACAGGCACCCCAGCUGCAACACAAGCCGCACAGUAUCUAAUCACGCAACGAGUCACUUACGAGCAAGGUGUCCGGGCAGCCAACCCUCAGAAAGUGGGUUAAACGUCACCCACCCACCCCCGCCCCUUUCCCUUACCUGGAUGUUAACUUAAUUGUCCCCCUCCCCUUCUUCUUUUCAUGGAUGUACUGUAUUUUUGCAGGAGCGAUUUAUAUUUUAUAUUUUAUUUGGAUUUUUCUUUUUUGUUUUAGUUUUGUUAUUGGCAGGGGAAGUGCGCGUCGGGUUAUUAAUAUAUUAUUAUGCAAAUGAACGCAACAGUGUUGACAAAGCGCAUCUGUAAAUAAUACAUGUUCUGCAGAUGUUUCAGAGAGGGAUUUUUUUUAGUGUUUUUUAAAUUUUUCUUUUUUUUUUAUUUGAACAUUUUUGACAAGUUAUCUCUCUCUCUCGUUAAGGUUUUAUUGUUUACGCGUCAAAAGUAAGUUUUUUUUUUGAAGCCUGCCAUUUUACCAGCAUCGUUGUAGUUGAAUAUGAACUGAAUGUAAAGAUGAAGUGGCGCGUAGGUUUUUAACCCUGUAGGUGCUGAAGAGUCCAGUAGUACAUUGCAGAGCCACGUGUUACUGGUCCCAUCAGAGCCACAAGGUAAUCAGUAUUAGUCCUAGGUGACACUCUGAACUACUGUAUUGCUGGGAAACAGCAGGGGAAUUGGGUGGGUGAGAUGCCUAUUAAAAAAGGGAGUAAGGAAAAAUCAAAAGCACUGUCCAACUUCACUCUCACGUCCUGCCCUGGGGCGGCAGGUUACGAAGGGGGGGGGAGUUUUGGAAUAAUAAAAAAAAAGAAAAAAAUAGUUUUAAAUUAAAACAAAAAGAUAUAUAAAUAUAUAUUAUCAAAAAGCAAUAUAGUUGCAAAAAAAGCACUGUAAAAUAUAUAUUAAAAUGGUUAAAACUGUGGAAAAAAAAAGAACCUUUUUGAUAAGUUUACAGAUCAGUGUCUUCAUAACAACCUGUAUAAUGAUGAAUAUUCCGGCUGGCCAGCCUACAGAUCUAUAAUUUUAUAAUCUGUGGAUCCCAUCGGGUUUACCUCUUCUGAUGGGUGGCACCUGAUUUUUGCAUGAAAUUGUGAUUUCUUUUUUUUUUUUUCUUGUUUUUCCUUCAUUGGGUUUUCCUUUUGCCCUUCCACGCUUAAAUCCUUAAAAUAUCCAGUCUCGGCCCCUUGUAGUUUCAAAAAUUGUUUCAUGCCCCUUUCAUUUUGCCGCUUCUUCACUCUGAUGACGCUGCUUUUGCCCUUGUCUGGAGAGAGAGGCCAGUUUCACAGUGUAAAGAUGGCUCCAGUAACUUACAAGGGCAGGCCAAUAGCUUUUGAGAUGGCAUUCCAAUAGAUACUUUCCAGGUAAUGUACAGGUGAGUGUUAGUGCUAAUUUUAUUACAUUUUUUUUUACUUUAAGCCACUUUAGCUUGUGUGUACUGUAUACGUGUACACAUUAGAAAUACUUUCUACCACUGCCACCAGUAAUGUACAUAUCUGCCAAAGCCUUCACCUCAGCAGUGAGUAUCAAGCCUCCUUCCCAGUGAAGUUUGUUAUCAGGGUGAAGAAGCAAGUCCCAACUGUAGUACUAUGUAAUGGCUUCAUUUGGGGGUGUAUGAGACUGGGGUUUUAACUUGACCCUGCAGUGUCUGGCCAGCCAUGCACCAGUUGAUCCAUUAACAUCCUCCCCUUUAGACAUAGAGCUGUGCUGUGAGCGUAUUGGAUAUUUUCUAAGCCAAACUACGCACGCACACAAAAUUAAAGUGCCAACUGUUAGCUGAUGAGGUUUCAUUAUCUGCAACGACUUAGCGAGGGCGUUGCCUUUUAAAACGCUUCUGAUUGUGUAUAAUUUUAACACUAGCGAUCUCUUAGUGUUGUCAAUGUAGAUUUUACUGUGAACAGUAUCUGUGAUUUUUAGCUGUUUUUGAUCCCUCCGGGGCAAGGCUAAACCAGCCGCCGCAGGCUCCGAUAGUCGUUUACCUGCAUGUUCUUUUUCCGUGGGGCAUCUUUAUGUCGGCUUCAGUCAGUACUUCCCUGCAUGCUCGUUUAGCUGAGGUAGAGUCCAUUUCCGGCGUGUGUCUACCUGUCGCAGCGCAGGUUCCUCCAAAGGCCAUUCUUUUCUUUUACUUUUAGAAUAAGCCUUUUUAUGUUUUGUUUAUUUUUAUUUUUUUUUGUUCUCCAAUUGUCACCUCCUCCAUGUUUCCGAGUGCCAACUAGCCAGAUCAUUAUGUUAACCUCUGCAUUUGGGCCACCUCAAGCCACUGAAAACGUGGCUGUUCAUAAACCCAGCAUCUUCUCAUGCUAUGCAUGCAGUCGUAAAAAAAAAAUUCAAUGGACAAGGAAGUAAUUUAAAAAAAAAUACACAAAAAACCUAAAAAAAUAGUAAAUAAUAAUACUAAAAAAACUAAAAUGCUGGCUACCUCUGGAUCAUCAGGCUGAGAAACCCCAAACAACAGUUUUCCUUCCAUCUCAACUUCAACCCAUUGAUAACGUCCAUCAUAACCAACUCAGUGACAUUUUCCGCUGCUCCUCCUGUGCAACCAAUAACUGAACAAUGAUUGUGAUGUCCUCUCGUCUGGCUUCUCGUCCAGCAUCUCUCUUUCUGAACUGUGAUCCUUUAUUAUUAUUUCGUUCUGUUUACCUUUUUUUUCUGUCCAUUGAACUUAAAAAUGACCUACAUUACCAUGUUUGUUUGACAGUCUGUCAACAGUGUCCCCUUUUGGUGGACACUUGGAAUUUUGGAGAAAUGAUUUACCAACUUUACCCGUUCUUUCCUGCGUUUCCUUCAUUUCCCAACCCCCCCCCCAUUCCCUAGUUUCCCUCUGUCUCCCUUCUUUCUUGUUUUAAUUCACUGUUAUAAAGCUUUCUGGUGUUCGAGGGGGGGGCUGUUACGCAUUGCUGUGUUGAACUUGGGAAUGCGUAAUAGACCCAUCCAGCUGGAAGGCCCUCAGCCAUUCCAAUCUGAUGAUCAAGUCAAUGAUUCUGUUUUCUUCUUUUCCUCCCAUUUUCACUUUCUCUUUUGAUUACAGAAAACCAUUUUCAAGAAGAGAAAACUGAUAUAUAUUAAAAAAGGAAUGAUAUUGCUUGUUUUUUUUUUUUUUCAAAAAAAUGGAAAAAGCAAUUCUGUCGUACAACUGUGUUUUAAUUGGUAAUGGUUAUUUAUCGUUAAUAGUCUCUGUAGCUCUGUAAGUUUUUAUGACAAUACAGUGUAACUAGUGGUUAGCCGAUGAUGCGAAUAUAUUUACUCAUAUCAUUAUAAAUGUGCUUUGUUCAUCCUGUA